CGUAGUUCCUAUCCCAAGAUGGCUGCGCCCACGAACAACGUGAAGUAGCAGUACACUUGGAUACGUUGACGCGAGAGUUCCGUUAUAUUCCCCGACGCGUUGUAUGUCAAUCAGUCAUCAUGGAUGAAGGAGAGAGCAGCACAGGCGCAUCUGGAUCUGAUGCAGAGUUCAUACCCCGAGAAGAUCUCGUCAAGAGCGUGAUGGAGUUGGGCUGCAGCAGAAAUGCAGCAGUCAAGAGUUUGUUCUAUACCGGCAACUAUAAUGCAGAGUUGGCAGCAGCUUGGUUAUUUGAAAACUCCGACAAAAAUCUAGACGGCCCAUUGGAGGAUGAUGUUGAGAGUGGUAGCGACAGUGAUGUGGAGUUCAUGUCUGGUGGCGCCCUCUACAAGAUGGUGUUUGUGGUGAACGGAGAGCUACAGAUGGGGGUUGGCAAAGUUGCUGCCCAGGUUGCCCAUGCUUGUCUGGGAUUGUUCAGAAAACUCAUUGAUGAGCAGAUCAAAUACGCCGAGAUGCUGAUCAGCUGGGAACAGUUUGGAGAGACAAAGAUUGUAGUAAAGGGGGAAAACAUUGGCCAGCUAAAAGAACUACGAGCCAAGGCGGAGAGUCUAGGUCUGCCAAACUACACAGUACAGGAUGCGGGAAGAACACAGAUUGCAGCUGGCUCGACAACAGUACUGGCCAUUAUAGGAAAAGUGGAUGCUGUUGAUCAAGUGUCUGGGAAACUGAAACUGUUAUAACGUCCCUCCAUCUCCUGUGUCACAUGACCGUGCAGCAUCCAGUGUCACAUGAACUGCUGGAGGAUGGGGAACACAGCUGGCAGCAACUCAUGGGGAGACUUCUAGUCUUGGUCUCACUUCAGUAUGUCAGCCAAGUCUCCUCUUUUUGUAGCUUGUGCUAUUGAACAUGAACCAUUUAAGAAUUUGCUGGCAUCAGGUUAGAUGGAAAUCUAAUAUUUAUUUACUGUUAGCAAAUCAUCGUUCUCAAUCACAUAAAAAAGCUUCCAGUUAUGACUUGAAUUUAUUUAGAAGAUGAAAUUAUCACAUUAUUUUUUCAUAUUUUUUUAUUAAUUCAAUUAUUAUGCUCUGGUACAGAAUCGGCUUGAUACCUUACAGGAUGCCUCUUAGUGGGAGUUAAUACACACAGUUCAUGGUUGAAGAGUGAGUGAGUGGGUAUGGUUUUGUGCUGUGUUUAGCAAUAUUCCAGCAAUAUCUCGGCGAGCAACACUAGAAAUGGGCAUCACACAUUGUACCCAUAUGGGG